UCUUUUAGAAAAGGAAUUUUAUUCCUCAUUUGUAAUUUCAUUUGGAUUCACUAUUCGAGCUCCUAUAAAUUCCGACGGUCACAAAUUGCUUGCUCAGGGGUUUAGUGUGGGUGAUUGAUUUGAUCUGAUCGCCUCUCUCUCUGGGCUUUAGCGCCCUCUGGCCGUUGAAAUCCAUGAUCAUCAGCGUCUCAUGGAACACUCUCCAGUGCACACCACUCCUCCAGUUGAAGAAGAAGAUGAGUGGGACACUGAUGGAUUUGUGAUUCCAAGCUUGGGAAUAGGAGACCUGGGUGAAAGCAAACCUGGUGCUGCAGAAGAGAAAGUAUCAGAACCUCUUUCUUCGAAGGGCAAGAAGGAAGAGAAUAUCUACUUGGGACCCCAUGGUGCUCCACCUUCACAAUCAAAGCAGCAAGAUCUGAGCUUAUCCAGCCGUAAGCAGCGAUUUAAGCAGAAACUGAAGGAAGCAGAUAGGAAGUCUGGUGGGACAGGCCGGGAGAAUAAGGUUGAAACUCUGAGAGAGCUUGUGGGCGCUGGAAAAGUAGGCAUCAACAUGUCAAAGGGUACUUCCAAAGACUGGCUAGACCAACAUUGCCAUGAGUCUCAGUUUGAGAAAUGGAACCCCCAGUGAGUGGAGUUUUUGUUAGCAUCAGAUAUUUAUCUGUUGACAGACUUGGUGGCAAUAACUAUCCUACAAACAUAAAUCUCUCUGGAGGUAACUUUUAUUGAGCUCAUGUAUUUCAACAGUAAGUGCCUAGUUAAACCUUCUGCAAUGACAAAAGUAAAAUUUUUAAGUCAA